UCCUAUUUUCUUUUCAAAGGACAGUGAUACACACUGGGUCUGCUGGCUAGAGAAGGAGGACAAGAGAGAGGCAUACUUGUGGAAUCGGCAUGCUGCCUUAUCUCCAGGCUGCAGAGAGAGAGACGGGAGAGGCACUGAUUGAGGCUGUGUGGCUCCUUGCUGUGCUCUGAAAGGACUUCCUUGUUGUUUUGGACGCACAUUUUGAACUGGGGUCAAAAUUCAAGAAUGGCGCAGGUUCUGCACAUGGAGACCACUGCUUUCCCAGGGAAGGCCAAUCCCACCUCUGCUUCGGCCUUCCAUGGGAAGGAGCAGGACUUGCCCUAUUCCGUGGAGACUCCCUAUGGCUACCGCCUGGACCUGGACUUCCUCAAAUACGUGGAUGACAUUGAGAAGGGCCACACCAUCAAGCGCAUUCCGGUCCACCGCCGACCACGCUACAGCUCCCUGCCAAGAGGCUAUGGUUACACUGGCUCAUGGUGGACCUCCACCGAGUCCCUCUGCUCCAAUGCCAGCAUGGAUAGCCGCCACUCCUCCUAUUCCUACUGCGGGCGCAGCUUCUACCCACAGUACGCCACACCCGGCAGCUUCAAUGCCCGUGUGGAGAAGACCUUGCUGGAUGCCAGGAAGAAGCUAGAAGACCAGGCGGAUUCUGGAGACGGAGAAAGGACCAGGGCAGGUGGCCUCGGGAGCCUCCACAGCAGCGUAUCUGGGUCAACAAGCUCCUUGGUGGGAAGCCAGUGCCUUUCCCGCCAGACCUCCUACAAUGGCUCACAGCAAGGCGCCUCUGGGCAGUUCACACCCAUCGGCUCAGGACUCUCCACCCCAGUCUCCCCAACGCCAGGGCACCUGCAGCAUGUCCGGGAGCAGAUGGCCGUAGCCUUGAAGAAGCUGCGCCAGUUGGAGGAGCAGGUCAAGAUGAUCCCAGUGCUGCAGGUGAAGAUCUCGGUGCUGCAGGAGGAGAAGAGGCAACUGAGUGUCCAGCUCAAGAGCCAGAAGUUCUUGGGGCACCCGGGCGGGUUCGGCAAGGGAAAAUCCAGGGGGGAGCUCUACAUAGAUAUCCCCGAGGAGGGGGCUGGUGGAAAUGAGGAAGGCAGCGCGGGGCCUGAUGCAGGAGGCAGGCUGGACAAGAAGGAAGUGAGGUCAGUGGGUGUGGGCAUGUCAGCCGAAGAGGCAGAGGUGGGGAGGUGUGAUGUUGGGGUAGCGGUCAGGGAGGAGGAGUUGGGGUUGCCUUCUCCGGAGGAGGAGAGCCAGCGCCAGGCUGUUCAGGCCCUGUCCGCCAAGAUUUCCGUGCUAGAGGUGCAGCUGAAGAGGGCGCUCCAAGAACUUCAAGCCGCCCAGCAGAAACUGGAGCUGCAGGGCAAGGAGAAGGAGGGCAAAGGAACGUCCGGUGGUGGCCUGAGAGAAUGGGAAGUAGGGGGAGAGGGUCCUGGGCAAGGGGGCGGCGGAGAGUUUCAGAGGCCCCAGGAAGUCCCCAUUCGAGUGGAUACGGUCAAGGUUGUCCAAGUGGAAAGGGAGCCGGAGGUCGCCGCCAGCACAGCCACAGGGCUGGACCACAGGCCGCAGAGGGCACAGAGCUUGGAGAACAAGGAGUCCUAUGCCAGCCUCAAAGCUUUGGUGGGCAAAGACGCAGGGUUGGAAGAAGCAGUGGUGCCGCUCUAUGCCACAUACCGCAGCAACGAGGUGAUGGAGACCACGUUCCCAGUCCAUGCUGGCGCAGAGAGCACAGCUACCACCUUCCACACCGUGAGAAAGAUCAGCAUCAUUGGCACAGAGGGGAAUGGACAGCAGGAUACAGCGGAACUUCAUGGGUCAUUAGAGAAAUCAGUUCCCGACUCCUUCCAGAAAGAGCAAGCAGCUCCCUGCAUAUCCCAGGAGCCUCAACAAGAGGCACAAAAUGAGGGAGAGGACCAAGCUUCAUUCGUAGCAGGGAUUCGGUCGAUCAUGAAGAAGAAGGAGGAUCCUACGGAGCUUCUGGCCAGCAAGAAGAGCCUGCAGUUUGUUGGUGUCAAUGGCGGGUAUGAGUCCACCUCCUCUGAAGACUCCAGCACAGCUGAGAACGUCUCGGACAAUGAAAGCACCGAGAGCGAAUACCACGAGGCGAGUGAGGGGCUCCCUGCAGCACAGGCAAUGGCAGCGGAGCCCCCAAAGCUGCCUGGAACAGCUGCAGCCGUAUCUCGCCCUGGAGUCUCUGCUGAGAGCGGGGAGAUGACAGCCGUUGAAAGCCCCAGCAAGGAGCCGCCAGGCAAAACAGGGACAGGACUCAGCAAGGAGCUGCUUUCAGCUUGCGAAGUCCUUCAGAAAUACCUGGAGAGCCCCAAUGAACACAUGGAUGAAGAAAUGAAAUUGGCCUAUACUGCUGUGCUCCACUAUUGGCUGAGGCUUUCCUGCCACAAAGAAGCGGAUCCAGAAUCGGUCUCUCAGCACUUGGCUGCCUUCCGGUGCAUCUCCCCACACUUGCUGGAAUUCGUCAUCAAUAUGGCCGACGCCAACGGCAACACGGCCCUCCACUACACUGUCUCACAUUCCAACUUCCCAGUGGUCACAAAGCUUCUUGAGACAGGUUUGUGCCACGUGGACCAACAGAACAAAGCCGGAUAUACGGCCAUCAUGCUGACGGCACUGGCUGCUUCCCGCUCAGAGAGUGAUAUGGACACAAUUGUGCAGCUGCUGAAAAUGGGCAACGUAAAUGCCAAAGCCAGCCAGGCUGGGCAAACUGCGCUGAUGUUGGCCGUCAGCCACGGGCGUCUGGACAUGGUUCGUGCCUUGCUAGCUAGCGCAGCGGAUGUCAACUUGCAAGAUGACGAUGGUUCCACAGCGCUGAUGUGUGCCUGUGAACAUGGCCAUGCUGAGAUCGUCCGCCUUCUCUUGGCCACACCUGGCUGUGACGUUGCCCUCUCCGAUAAUGAUGGCAGCACAGCUCUCUCCAUCGCAGUGGAAGCAGGCCAGAAUGACAUUGCCAUCAUGCUGUAUGCUCAUCUGAACUUUGCCAAAGCCUCGUCUCCGGGGACCCCCAAACAGCCCAAAGAUGAGAACACAGCAUCUAUGUCUGGCGAUGCUCAGUAACACAAAACGAGGCGGUUUCCUGUCUGUCUUACACUUCCCUUUGAAGAAGUACCUGAGAACUUGUCAAGGACUGCAGAACCUAAGCAUCCAACGCAUAAUGUAAGCUUGCAAUUCUCCCAAGAAAUGCUGUCUGAUCUCGGCCUCCCUCGACCCCUCCCAUCAGCCGGGAUCUCUCUCAUGGGCUACACUCAGUGGACUGGUUGGCCUUCCAGGAGGAGGAGCUCCCCCUACAGUUUCCGGGCGGCUGCUUUAGCCUGAUCAGCUGCAAUUCUGCUAGCUAUUGAGCCAAAGAGGAAGAAUCGGCGAAGGACUUCUGGAUACAGCUUCUCGGCCAACUUGGCAUGGCUUAAAGACUUCCCUGCUUUCUAAAGACAUGUUUCCAUCUCUGCCCCACUUUCACCCAAGUCCAUUGCAGGAGUAAAAGACUUUGCAAGGUGAGAGAUGUCUCUUGAGCAGUGCAAUGAGAGACCACUGGCAGGAGGCAACUGCCAUCUUAUUAGCCUGAGUUUGGGUAGUCUGGGGUUACGGAGAAUCCAUUUGUCUUCUAUAGAGAGACAGAGUGGAUGCCAGAAAUAUGCUUCUGCAGCGCUCUUCUUGAACAAUCUUUGUCUAGGCUCCUCCUCCUCAUUGUAAAAUGAGACUUGAUGUAUUUUUAAGAGGCCUGCCUAAAGCAACUCCACACAGAAUCCAUUUUCCUUUUCUCUUUUUCCAAGACAAGAAAUCCGUACUUAAACACGACAUUACUUGAAAUAAUUUUUCGAGGCCACACUGCGUGAAACAGGGCCCUGUUUUGAAUCAAUGUUUCUUCAUUUGGGGAGGCGUUUCUACAUGUGUGUGAUUGCAAUACAAACAACGUUGCAAUGGAACUAAAAUGAGUAUUUGACACAAAGGUUCGGAUUAGUGAAUUUUGCAAAUUUGGCAAAAUGUGAAUUCUCACUCAGUUUGGCAACUUGGUAUGGGAGCAAUAGUAAAUUUUCAGUGGGUAGGGUGGGGUAGAUGGGAUUAGAUUUCUCUCCAAAAUGAUAACCAUUAUUUGGCUAUGCUGCAGGUUAUUUCUUCUGCACAAGGAAAUGUUGUGGCUGAAUGCUGAUGGGCUCUUGCACAGCUCCAGUUAAACAGCGUUUGCACAGGAGAUAUUCUCCCAGUGAAUUCAACCCUUUGCCCAGAGUGCUAAUCAGCUGUCCUUGUCAGUUACUCUCUACAAUCUGAUUUACUGAUGUUGGAUGACUGGGAUCUGAGGAGAAUAUCGAACUGUUAUUAUUUGCCUAAAAAUAUCGAAAUAACGCAGUUCUAAUUAGGCAAACCCAAACAGUUUCCCUCUUUGGGGUUUCCCCAAGCACCAAAUUCAUUCAUGGAUGCUAUGCAAGUUGAAAAAGUCCUCUUUGCUUAUUAAUUAUUUGGAGUUUUAAUACCAAAAUUUAUGUCUGUCUCUCCUAACAACCAAUGAUCAGUAGGGGAGGGGGGAAAGUAUAAUAAUUAAGAUAAACCAUAGUGGUUUUUGGUGUUUUUUUUAAUGCCAAUAAUUUGAAAUAGUAAAAGGGUACAACCUAUUUUUAUAUAAAUAUAUAAAUAUAUAUAUAUUAAUAUACACCAAGAAAAUGACUAUAUAAAUUAUUUUAGUGCACAGAAUGUUUUUUAGGAAUUCUAGAGGAGACGACGUCCAAAAUGUUGAGGUGGGUUGUGACUGGCAGGGCGAAGGACUUACUGUCUUAAGCUGCAAAUCUGCCGGCUGAUAUAUUUGCACAGUCUCUAUUCUGCCUUGUGUAAAAGCCAUUAGACACUAGUUGGGCUUGAAAACAGAUGUUUAUUUGGAGCCAGUUGGCUCUUGUGUUGCUCUGAACGCACAGGCAGUACAAGCCUUUCUUCCUGGCAAUGGUUUUCUGUCGCUGCCCCCAAAGCAGACAUUUUGAACGGGCAAGAAGGAAGCUUUAGAAAACUGCAUGUCUUUAGGAGUGUGUUUGGAACUUGUACUUGUGAUAUCGCCUCGGAUAAAUGUAAUCUCUUUUAGGAUUGUCAUAUGAUGAUAUUUCUACACUUUUAAAGGAAGUUAAGGUCAUUUAUAGCCAUAAUAAUAAACAUAAAAUGAUCAGA